CCAGAGCUGCUGCGUCAUCUCCAGUGGCCGGUUUGAAUGAGACUCGUCGCAUCCGUGCCGCCGCCACCGCCAGUACCACCGUCGCCGCGCGUUCUCCUCCUCUGCCGCCACCAGCUCUUUCUAGUCCCCUCCCCGCCCUUGCCAGGACAAGCCUCCUACACCGCUGCCUCCCCUCGAGUUCCGCCAUGCCUCUGUACUCCGUUACGGUAAAAUGGGGAAAGGAGAAAUUUGAAGGUGUAGAAUUGAAUACUGAUGAACCGCCAAUGGUGUUCAAGGCUCAGCUUUUUGCACUGACUGGAGUCCAGCCGGCAAGACAGAAAGUUAUGGUGAAAGGAGGAACAUUGAAGGACGAUGAUUGGGGAAACAUCAAAAUUAAAACUGGUAUGACUGUGCUAAUGAUGGGGUCAGCAGAUGCUCUUCCAGAGGAACCUUCAGCUAAAACUGUCUUCGUAGAAGACAUGACCGAAGAACAGUUAGCAUCUGCUAUGGAAUUACCAUGUGGAUUGACAAACCUUGGUAACACUUGUUACAUGAAUGCUACAGUGCAAUGUAUUCGCUCUGUGCCUGAACUCAAAGAUGCCCUUAAAAGGUAUGCAGGUGCCUUGAGAGCUUCUGGGGAAAUGGCUUCAGCACAGUAUAUCACUGCAGCCCUUAGAGAUUUGUUUGAUUCCAUGGAUAAAACUUCUUCUAGUAUUCCACCUAUUAUUCUACUGCAGUUUUUGCACAUGGCUUUCCCACAAUUUGCAGAAAAGGGUGAACAAGGACAGUAUCUCCAACAGGAUGCUAAUGAAUGUUGGAUACAAAUGAUGCGAGUAUUGCAACAGAAAUUAGAAGCCAUAGAAGAUGAUUCUGUUAAAGAGACAGAUUCUUCAUCUGCAUCAGCAGUGCCACCUUCUAAAAAGAAAAGCUUAAUUGAUCAGUUCUUCGGUCUUGAGUUUGAAACGACCAUGAAAUGUACAGAAUCUGAAGAAGAAGAGGUCACCAAAGGGAAGGAAAACCAGCUUCAGCUUAGCUGUUUUAUUAAUCAGGAAGUCAAGUAUCUUUUUACAGGACUUAAAUUGCGACUUCAGGAAGAAAUUACCAAACAAUCUCCAACAUUACAGAGAAACGCUUUGUACAUCAAAUCUUCGAAGAUCAGCCGACUACCUGCUUACUUAACGAUUCAGAUGGUUCGAUUUUUUUAUAAAGAGAAGGAAUCUGUGAAUGCCAAAGUUCUUAAGGAUGUUAAAUUUCCUCUCAUGUUGGAUGUUUAUGAACUAUGUACUCCAGAACUGCAAGAAAAAAUGAUUUCUUUUCGAUCAAAAUUCAAGGAUCUAGAAGAUAAAAAAGUGAAUCAGCAGCCAAAUGUAUGUGACAAGAAGGGUAGUCCACAGAAAGAAGUUAAAUAUGAACCCUUUUCAUUUGCGGAUGAUAUUGGCUCCAAUAAUUGUGGAUAUUAUGACUUACAAGCAGUGCUGACACACCAGGGAAGGUCUAGUUCAUCAGGUCAUUAUGUAUCAUGGGUGAAAAGAAAACAAGAUGAAUGGAUCAAGUUUGAUGACGACAAAGUCAGCAUCGUAACACCAGAAGACAUCCUGCGGCUGUCUGGUGGUGGAGACUGGCACAUUGCUUAUGUUCUACUCUAUGGGCCUCGCAGAGUUGAAGUAAUGGAAGAUGAAAGUGAACAAUAAUCUUCAAUUUAGCUAUUUAUGCUUAGAUAUGAGAUAAUGUUAUUUGUUGAUCAUUUCUAUAAUCCAGAGCUUUAAAGAAAGACCUUUAGGUGGUUUUGUUUCCCUCAUGUGGAACAAGAGAGCAGAAUCAGACCACUUGUGCAUCAAUCAGAAAAUUAUAGAAAAUUGACUUUGGAUAUGCUGCCCUGUAUAAAAGUGGCUGGAAGAUGUUCUUUAAAAACUUAUUUCUUACAGUAAUUCUUAAAAAAAAUUUAGUUGAAAUGUCUUUCAACCAUUACAUUCUGUGAUCUAUUUUCAGCCCAAGACUCAGUAGUGAUGUUUAUUGCACACUUAUUACCUACUACUAUUUGUUCUUGCAUGGUUCACUUUACCAUUCAGUAAAUAGCUGCCCAUCCUUUGCCUUAUCUAACAAAAAAUUUUUCCAGGUUGAUGGAAAAGGAAGUGUUGCUUUCAUCGUAUAACUCAGUGCUGCUGGUCCACAUCCCAUGGAAACAUGGGUGCAAUCAAGUAUUUGUCCAGCCUGACCGUUGCUGGCUUUUCCUGACAAAAUAAAUUUGUGAUCAGUAAGAUUAUAUUUGAUUAUACAUUUAUUAUUGUGUCUGAUGUACUAUGGUUUGUACAUUUAACUUUGCAAUGGUUUUGUAGUAAUCAGCUUUAAAAAUGUUGAGCUCUGGUUGCUUAUUUUUAGAAAAUGAGGAUAUUUAAUAAAAAAAAAAAGAGGGAUUAUAGUUUUUGACCUGAAGUCUGUCUUUUUAGUGUUGGAGUUCGGCUGAAGAUUCAGAUACAUUUAAUAAAACUUCUGCAGAUUAAUAUUACUGUGCUGUUGAGCAUCCAUUUAAGAGGUAACUUUGUUGCCUGCUCAUAUACCACUUAGAAACACAAAGUUUUUAUACGGAUUUCUUUGGAUGCUGGCUGCAGUGAUGUUUUACGAGAUUCAUUUCUUGACUCAUUUGUUAUGUUCCAAAAACCUUAAAAUGUGCAUCUCAAAAUUUACAAUCAGUGGUUUUAAAGUUAUGAUGAAAAUACCAGAGUAUGAGACAUUUGAAUAUGAUGGUUUCCUUUUAAUAUAUUCUAACUAGUUAUUGAUAGUUGUUUUUGGAGCCUUGAUUGCUAAGGAAAGAGGUAAGGAAACAUCAGUAGCUAACUGGCUUGAGUUAUAUAUUUAUAAUAAAGUUUAGGGAUUAUCAUGCAUCUCUUAUUUUUGUUUUAAUGCUCUGCAGAACCAUUAAGACUGUUAGGGAAUAAUGUCCAUUUUCCUCUCAAAUCUGUAACUUAACUAGGGAAAAACAUUUCAGGGAUACAGCUUUGUAAAUAGUUCUCACCUGAACUGAUUUGGCAAUCAAUACUCUACUAGGGAGAAGUAGGAUAAUGGUGAAAAGUAGAAUGGAGUGAGACCCUAAGAAUUGUGAUUUGUGUCAAUCUUGUAACUUUCCAGCUCUUUUACUCAUGGUUUCAUUUGGUUAGAAUAGUUGUAAUAGUAAACUUAGCAGUUUAGAAUCAAUUUUGUUAACCUACUAGAUAAUGAAGCUACUAGCCAGGUGAAGCUGGCUUAGAAUGAUGUAAAAGCCUUGUAUAGAAUAUAUUAAGAAUU